AUUACGCAGGGUUCAUAUUUCUUCACCUCGUGAGAUUAUUGGGGCCUGCUCGCGUUUUGGGGUGUCCUAGCCUGAUAGGAAACUGUGGAAGUACUUACGCGAUCACCUGUUUCCAGUUAAAUUUUUCUUUCAAAGGAUAGAGGACGAUACUGCCGCACAUUUUCAGCGGGUGUUGGUGUCAGGUCAAUCAGACACGAUCAUGAUUUGACUAUAUAGUGACGGAGUCUCAGUAGGACCCUUGCAAAAUCCAGAAUCCAUCUCAACGACACAACGCCUGAUUCGUCCCAACUUCAACCCCAUUGCUUUAUCAGUCUGUGGCCAAGCUAAUCUCGGGUGGGACUGCAGAGCAAUAUACAAAAUGUCGAGGCACCCCGUUCCCGAUGAUGAACUUCGCGCAGCCCUAAUUACCCUCAAACGAGAAAAACCGAGUCUCGGCGUGGCCAAGAUACAUACCCUCUUGCUAGAGACGAACUUAACAUGGUCUGUCAGCGAAAAACGAGUGCGCAAGAUUCUGCAGGAAGAGGGGCUUCUCGUCAAUGGAACCGCCAACACACUAUCCGAAAAUGCUAACGGCGGCAAAGAACAAAACCGAGCUGGGAGUACUAGAGUAUACCCGUCCUCCAGUCUCAACAAGGGCUUAGAUGUGAACAAGUGGAGCAAGAAGAUUGAAGUCCGGCACUUUGACGCGAUCAAGGGCAAGGGUCUCGUCGCAACGGAGAAGAUAUCACAAGGGGAGGUUAUAUGGAAAGAGGAUCCGUUCAUACUCGCACCCGAGUGGGAAAUAUACGAUUUGCAAGUCUCCUCGAGAGCAUGUGCUUUCUGCUCGACAAUCAUAAGGGAUCACUCUCCCCUCCACCUGCCAUGUCGAGCUUCCACGUCCUCGUCUUCUUGUCCAGCCAUCUUUUGUAACAGGCUUUGUCGCAUGCAAUCGGACAGAGUCCAUCCAUUGCUAUGCCCCGCUCGUAAUCCGGCAUCUGUCCCGUUACUUGCAUUUGCCCGGAAAACCGAAUGGCUCGCGGUACAUGCGCUGGCACAGUGCACCAGCAGAUUGCUACUUGCUUCUCAGGCAGACGAUGAGUCGUUGAAUCUGGACCUACAGGUCGUGCAGAGUCUCGCUGUCUUGGGUAUGGAAGAACGGUUCCGUGUGCUCAUCGAUCAGGGUGUAGAACCUGACAGAGAAACAUGGCAAAAAGCUUUCGAGCUAUAUUUACAAACCUUCAAAGAACCAAAAACUGCACUGGAGCAGAAGAAAUUAGCAAAGAUUUUGAGAAAGCCUAUACCUGAGUCGUUGCAGAAAGAGCUCUUCGGAUAUGACGCAUUUUUGCGGGGGCUGGGUCGCAUAAGUUUAAACGUUGAGGCACACGGAGGACUGUACAGACUUCACUCCCAUCUCAAUCACUCGUGUUCUCCGAAUACUUCCGUACGUCACCUCGAUCAACGGAACGCACUUUCACGUAUCACUGUCGUUGCUAAAAACGACAUCAACCCUGGAGACGAGCUCCUGAUUUCAUAUACGGAUCCCAGUCGCAAUUUUCGAGAACGGCGUAGGAGGCUCGCUGAGUGGGGUUUCGGACUAUGUCAAUGUGAGCGAUGUCUCGCUGAGGAGGAAGAAGCGAGGGAAAAUGGCGGUGCUGGUGGGGAGGAUGCUGAGGCUGCUAACUUGGCAGAUCAACUUCGGGCUGGUUUGGGGUUGAUAUGACAUAUGUAAAUCAUGACUAGAUUGAUCAAGGAAUGGAAAGGGGUGAGUUGGAGUUGCAUAUAGAGUUUUGCAUAGGUAAAUUCAUGAGUACUGGA